AUGGCAACUUACUGUCUCACCGUCGCGCGGCUUCAGCUCGCUCUUGGCCAUGGCGCACGGCGUCUGCACGUUGCGGCCGCCUACAGAGCCAAGGCGCAAGUGUCCAUGAGCCGAUUCGAGCCCACCUCCUUCGUCAGCUACGAGAAGCUCCAGUCCAAUAUUGACAUCGUGCAAAAGAGGCUCAAUCGACCUCUCACCUUGUCAGAAAAGAUCGUAUACGGCCAUCUGGAUGACCCCCACAACCAAGAGAUCGACCGCGGGCGCACCUACCUGCGCCUUCGUCCCGACCGCGUGGCCAUGCAGGACGCCACCGCGCAGAUGGCCAUGCUGCAGUUCAUCAGCAGUGGUCUGCCACAGGUGGCCGUUCCCUCCACUAUCCAUUGUGACCACCUGAUCGAAGCCCAGAUCGGCGGGGAUCAGGACUUGGCCAGGGCGAAGGAAGUCAACCAAGAGGUCUACAACUUCCUGGCAAGUGCUGGUGCAAAAUACGGAGUUGGUUUCUGGAAACCCGGUUCUGGCAUCAUCCAUCAGAUCAUCCUGGAGAACUACGCCUAUCCGGGCGUGAUGCUCAUCGGCACAGAUUCGCACACACCCAACGGUGGCGGACUCGGCGCCAUCUGCAUCGGCGUGGGAGGCGCAGACGCUGUGGACGUCAUGGCGGGGAUCCCCUGGGAGCUCAAAUGUCCCAAGGUGAUCGGGGUGAGACUGACAGGGUCCCUCUCGGGCUGGACGUCCCCGAAAGAUGUCAUUCUGAAGGUGGCUGGCAUUCUGACGGUGAAAGGUGGCACUGGAGCUAUAGUAGAGUACCAUGGACCGGGUGUCGACUCCAUUUCUUGCACUGGAAUGGCCACCAUUUGCAACAUGGGCGCAGAAAUCGGCGCAACAACUUCAGUGUUUCCUUUUAACCACCGUAUGAAGACCUAUCUGGAGAAGACCGGACGUGAACAGAUCGCUGCUCUGGCUAAUGAAUACUCACAUCUGCUGGUGCCGGAUAAAGGCUGCGAGUACGACCAGGUCAUUGAGAUCAAUCUGGAUGAGCUGAAGCCUCACAUCAAUGGUCCAUUCACCCCUGACCUUGCUCACCCAGUAUCCGACGUGGGUUCUGUGGCUCAGAAGAACGGCUGGCCUCUGGAGGUUAAAGUUGGUCUGAUUGGGAGCUGCACCAACUCCAGCUAUGAGGACAUGGGCCGAGCCGCCUCCGUGGCAAAGCAGGCGUUGGACAAAGGCCUGAAAUGCAAAGCUCAGUUCACAGUCACUCCUGGCUCAGAGCAGAUUCGCGCCACUAUUGAAAGAGAUGGCUAUUCAAAGAUCCUCGGUGACGUGGGAGGUGUCGUCCUGGCCAACGCUUGUGGACCUUGCAUCGGACAGUGGGACAGACGAGACGUGAAGAAAGGCGAGAAGAACACCAUCGUCACCUCCUUCAAUAGAAACUUCACAGCCAGGAACGACGCUAACCCUGCGACGCACGCCUUUGUCACGUCCCCUGAGAUCGUCACCGCCUUGGCCAUCGCCGGAACGCUCAACUUCAACCCAGAGACAGACUUCCUGACGGCCCCCAACGGCGAGAAAUUCAAGCUGGAUCCCCCGAACGGAGACGAGCUCCCGGCCCGAGAUUUUGACCCGGGUCAGGACACCUACCAGCACCCGCCCGCUGACGGAACCGGCCUCAAGGUGGACGUCAGCCCUCAGAGCAACAGACUACAGUUGCUGGAGCCCUUCGACAAGUGGAGCGGCAAAGACCUGGAGGACCUGAGGGUUCUUAUCAAGGUGAAGGGCAAGUGCACUACAGAUCACAUCAGUGCUGCCGGUCCUUGGCUGAAAUUCCGAGGCCAUCUGGACAACAUCUCCAACAACAUGCUCAUCGGCGCCGUCAACAGCGAGAACGACGCCAUCAACUCCAUUAAGAACCACUUGACGGGGGAGUACGGCGGCGUCCCGGACGUGGCGCGUCACUACAAGGCCAACAGCGUGUCGUGGGUCGUGGUGGGAGACGACAACUACGGCGAAGGUUCCAGCAGGGAGCACGCCGCUCUGGAACCCAGACAUCUCGGAGGAAGAGCCAUUAUCGUGAAGAGCUUCGCUAGAAUCCACGAAACUAACCUUAAGAAACAGGGCCUGCUGCCUUUGACCUUCACCAACCCGUCAGACUAUGACAAAAUCUGCCCCGAUGACAAGAUCUCCAUUAAAGGACUUGAAACCUUUACUCCCGGAAAGCCUUUGAGCGCCGUGGUCAAGCACAGCGACGGCUCCGAAGACGUCUUGGAACUCAACCACAGCUUCAACGAAACGCAGAUCGAAUGGUUCAAGGCCGGUUCCGCUCUCAACAGGAUGAAGGAGCUUCAACACUGA